UCCUCAUUUUCAAAAUGGAGGAGGCUGAUUUCAAUACCGGUAAUUUGAAAUCGCAUAAAGGGAAGAGCUAUUCAGUAGGAUUUAAGGUCCAACCUUACAUCUCACUCAAAUUUUUACUGCGUGCCUUUGGUAAGUGCCGGAGUGAGAAGACGUUUUAAAAUAAUUAGCGCAUGCUUACUUUUACCGCAUGCCUUUGGUAAGCGCAGGAGUGAGAAUAUGUUUUAAAUUAAUUAGUGCCCCGGCGGCAAUUCAAUUCAAGGAAGUACAGUAUUUUAUUUCAUUGUGUUGUCUCUUACUUUAUUUGAAUAACACUUUUUGUUUGUAUAAAUAUGUUGACUCAAACAUUUUGUGAUAUAUUAAAGUGCCUCAAUGUAUCUUUAAAUGUUCAACAUCUAUUGUUUGUGUUAAAAUGUAAUUAAAAAAAAAAGAUCCUCCGGCUAAAAAUACCUAAGGUCAACCGUGAUUUGUGUUUCAGACGGUUUUUAAAACAAAUAAAAAUGCUUGAAAGCUACACAUAAUAUCCAUGGUUUAAUAUCGAUUAGUUUUUGUAUAAAACACUUUAUUGUAAAUUGUUGAAUUAAACGUCGGUUUACUGCUUCCUGUUGGUGGAACGGAAGAACUGCAACUACCGGAAGUCAAUCAUUAUUUGUGUUUCAGACGGGUUUUAUAACAACAACCCAAAUAAGUGUCAAGAAUAGUCUUUAUGGUAUAAUAUUGUUUUUGUUUUUUUGUUAUUGCGUAAAACUAUAAUGAAAUAGGCAGUUGUACUUCGUCCUGCCGGCAGAAGUGAGGUAGUGACAGGGUUGCUAGGUUAUGUGAAAACAUCUCGCCGGAAGACCAGUCGAAUUGUUUGAAAAUUUGGAUUUAAAAAGGUAUAUUUUAAGUAAACCGCAAAUACUUUUGUUGUGAAGAGCAGUUCAUUUUGUCGGUCAUCUCACCAGAAGACCAGUCGAAUUGUUUUCAAAUUCAGAUUUAAAAAGGCAUAUUUUAGGCCAACCGCAAAUACUUUUAUUGUGAAGAGCAGUUCGUUUCGUCGGUCCGUCUUCCUAAUGACGACCGGGAUCGAUAAGUAGCAGCUUGGCAUGCUAAAUCUUAACUGUCAUGGAGGCCUUUUUGCUCUAACUGAAGCAAUGCCGAACGACCUCCGCCGCUUUGCCGAGAGCUGAGCCGGUGACCAGGCCGAUGAGAGUGCACCAGUGACGGGCCGGGGAAGGGCGAGGUCCAGCCUGCUGGGAGGAUGCAGCAUCCUGCUAGCCUAGACUGAUGACUGGCUGCUUGCACACUUUCAUCUGCAGGGGGAGGCAAGAUGGCCGGUAAGGUGAAGUGGGUGACAGACAUUGAGAAGUCAGUGCUCAUCAAUAACUUUGAGAAGAGGGACUGGAUUCCAGUGACAGAAACCGAAGACUGGAAUUUUUACUGGAUGAGCAUCCAAACCAUCAGGAACGUCUUCAGCGUGGACACGGGCUACCGCUUGACUGACGAGCAGAUGGUCAACCACUUCCCUAACCACUACGAGCUGACCAGGAAGGACCUGAUGAUCAAGAACAUCAAGCGCUACCGCAAGGAGCUGGAGAAGGAAGGGAGCCCGCUGGCAGAGAAGGACGAGAACGGGAAAUACAUCCAUCUCGAUUUUGUCCCGGUGACGUUCAUGCUCCCUGCGGACUACAAUCUCUUUGUGGAGGAGUUCCGCAAGAACCCAUCCAGCACCUGGAUCAUGAAGCCCUGCGGAAAGGCGCAGGGAAAGGGCAUCUUCCUCAUCAACAAGCUUUCUCAGAUCAAAAAGUGGUCCCGGGACAGCCGCACAUCCUCGUUCAUAGCGGCCUCAAGUGGCAAGGAGGCCUACGUCAUUUCUGUUUACAUCGACAAUCCUCUUCUCAUCGGAGGGAAAAAGUUUGACCUGCGUCUCUAUGUUCUAGUCACCACAUAUCGGCCGCUCAAAUGCUACAUGUACACGCUGGGGUUCUGCAGGUUCUGCACGGUGAAGUACACGCCGAGUACGAGCGAGCUGGACAACAUGUUUGUGCAUCUCACUAAUGUUGCCAUCCAAAAACAUGGAGACGACUACAACCACGUUCACGGCGGCAAGUGGACCGUCAGUAACCUGCGUCUGUACUUGGAGAGCACCAGAGGAAAGGAGGUGACCAGUCACCUCUUUGACCAGAUCCAUUGGAUUGUGGUGCAAUCCUUAAAGGCUGUGGCUCCUGUGAUGAACAACGACAAACAUUGUUUCGAGUGUUAUGGCUAUGACAUCAUAAUUGAUGACAAGCUCAAGCCAUGGCUCAUCGAGGUCAACGCGUCGCCCUCCCUGACCUCCAGCACAGCCAACGACCGCAUCCUCAAGUACAACCUCAUCAACGAUACGCUCAACAUCGUCACGCCCAACGGCGAGAUGCCAGACUACCGCUGGAAUCGCAGCCCGCCGCGAGACGCCCUGGGCAACUAUCAAGUUCUGUAUGACGAGGAGCAGGCGCAAGUCGAGAAUGCCGACCUUCGGAGCCGCUCGGGUCAGUCGCUGGGGUCAAAGGGCACCAAGGUCAACACGGGCGUCCGUCCCGCCGCAGCCACCUGGAAGUGAGGCAAGUCCACUGACGACUCUGACGUGCGUCACGAAACCCCAGACGCAGAAAUAACAUUUCUAUCCAGAGUUCAGCCUUUUGUAUUUGUCCGCUUGCUGUUGGAUUGUGCCUUCAAUGGACGGACGACACCUUUCUACCAAACGCUGCCUCUGGAUACUCAUAAUCAUGCCUUGGUUGUUUUUGGCAACUACUACCGUCUCGUUUUUUUUGUUGAGUUUUUUUCUAAGUCCAGAAAAUGAGUGCACAAAACAAGAAAAAAUACAGACAAAAAAGUCAACAUGAAACAUGUAAGAAUGUUUCACUCUUUUAAAAAAAAAAAAACAAUUUAUUAAUUUUAUUGCCAUUAGAGUGUUGAAGUCCUUAAAUUAUUUUAAAAUGAAUAAAAUAUUUAAUGAAA